AUGGCUCUCUCCCAGGUGCAGUGUCUGGAUGACAGUCAUGUCAACUGGAGAUCCAGCGAGUCCAAGCCGGAGUUCUUCUAUAGUGAGGAGCAGAGACUGGCUUUGGAAGCCCUGGUCUCGAAGGGGCCGGAGGCCUUCUACGAGGUCCUCAAGAAAGAGAACAUCCGGGACUUCCUCUCCGAGCUGGAGCUUAAAAAGAUCAUGGAGUCGCUGGAAAUGUAUGACCCGGGUUCGGAGUAUAUCCCACGCCAUGGGGGCGAGGACAGCGACGGGGACUGCACCAGCCAAGGGGGCGAGGGCGAGUUGGCGCCCUCCUUGGAGUACUGGCCCCAGAGAUCCGACCGCUCCAUCCCACAGCUGGACCUGGGCUGGCCCGAGACCGCCGCCUACCGGGGGGUCACCAGGGCCAUGGUGUACAUGCAGCCGCCCAUCGACGGGCAAGCGCACAUCAAGGAGGUGGUCAGGAAGAUGAUUGUCCAGGCUCAGAAGGUCGUGGCUGUGGUCAUGGACAUGUUCACGGACGUUGACAUCUUCAAGGACCUCCUGGAAGCAGGCUUCAAGCGGAAAGUCGGCGUCUACAUCAUUGUGGAUGAGACCAAUGUGAAAUACUUCCUUCAGAUGUGCGAGCGAGCACAGAUGCACGCCGGGCACCUGAAGAAUCUCCGCGUUCGCACCACGGGGGGAACGGAAUUUUUCACCCGUUCGGCCAUGAGGUUCAAAGGUGCCUUGGCCCAGAAGUUCAUGUUCGUGGACGGUGACCGGGCUAUGUGUGGGUCCUACAGCUUCACCUGGUCCGCAGCCAGGACCGACAGGAACCUCAUCUCGGUCCUCUCUGGCCAGGUGGUGGAAGCAUUCGACAAGCAGUUCCAGGAGCUGUAUCUCAUGUCCCGGGGGCUCAGCCUGAAGUCCAUUCCCAUGGACGAGGAGCCGGAACCCGAGCCGUUCACUCUGCCCUCCGUCACGCCCGUCGCCCCGGCCAACGCGGUGGUGAAGAGGCUGAUUAACCCAAAAUAUGCCCUGGUGAAGGCCAAGAGCGCAGAACUGAUCAGCAAGAUGUCGUCCGAGAGGCAGGCGGGCGCCGGCAGAAACAAGAUGAUGGACAGCAAAGACAAGGCCCUUCCCGAGGGCCAAGGUGCCGAGCGGCAAAACGACAUGGCCGACCUAGCCCCACCCAUCCACCCCGGCCUCCUCAACAUGGAGAAGGCCAACAUGUUCGACUACCUGCCCACUUGGGUGGAGCCAGACCCAGACCCAAGCGAAAUCUUGGGGUACAUCAACAUCAUCGACCCCACUAUAAAGAAUGUGAAGCUGUCCCAAAUGAACCGCAUCAAGGUCUGUGACAUCUCCCAGGCCAAUGCCCAGCACAGGCAGAUGCUAAAAAACAAGGAGUUGGAAGCCAAGAAAAGCCAAGAGCCUUCUCCAGCCAGCUGGGAGCAAAGAGAGGCCCCUCCGACCCCAAUCAAGGAAGCUCCCAAGCCACACCUGAAGCAGCCCACGGCCGCAGAGACGCACAAGAUGGACGUCAGGCCCCCAGUGCCAAGGCCGAGGACGGUUGACGUCAUGGACUUUAUCUCCAAAAACAGUGCGCUCUGCAAAGACACGGCUGCCCUGCUCGGGGACGCCAAGAAGCAGCUGCACCAGGUGGCAGAGCAAGCAAAUGCAGAUCACGGGCCGGGUGAAAACCCCACACAAGCUCAAGCCGCGGCCAGCGAUCACCAGCUGAGGAGGCAGGCGGCCGUAUCCCCGGAAGCUCAGGGCACGGCAGCCGUGUGUCCCGUGAACGGGCUGGAAGGGGAGGAAGAUGAAGAGGACUAUUUGACGCUCAGCGAUCAGGAGAGCUAUUCUAGCAGUUCUGCCACCCACAGCUACCACCACUCCAACGCCUCCUCCACCUCGGACGAACUCUUUGAGGUGAGAGGUCGCUUUGGGCCGCUCCGGAGAACCAACUCCGAUCACAUCCCCAACGGGGGGAACCAGCACUUGCAAAGGAAAAUGAGUGACCCCCACGUCAGCCGGGGCACCUACGUCAGCCCACUGGGGAGCCUGCAGUCGCCACCAAACUUGCGCUUGGAGGACGGGGUCCAGAGGCGGGACGAUGUUACCGAGGUGAUUAGGUGUGUGCUGGAAAAGGGCAAUAGCCUGCGCGCUGUCUUGGAUGGAAAGGGAGCAGUCGCCAGCAAGGCCGGGCAGAUAGUUCCAGUAAAAUUAGACGACAUUCCCAGGUCAGUCCGCCCCGCUCCCUACGGCGUCACACAAGCCAAAAUUCCUCCCUGGUGUAACCUGGAGAAGCCCAGAAUCCACAGGGUCAUUAAUGGAAGAGUUACGCCAGAUAGGACUGUGACCUAA